CAGGGAAACACUCUGUUGGGACCGCCUCAUAACAGAGUGAGGUAUGCGAUCUUUGUGUAUGUAAAUGUGUGUGUAUUCAUUGCCUUCUAUGAUCGCGCAGGUCGCCCUAUCCAGAGUUUAGCUAUACACACACACGCACAAACACGACAUGUUUAUGUGCGCCGUCUCACACGCACACACUCACUCAACUUGAGAGCUUUUAUGCGUGCGUGUGCGUGCGAUCGGCUACUGGUCACAACACACACACACGCACAGGAACAAACUUAUUGCCACUGAGCGCCCGACAAACUUAUCUCACCUGUGCGGAUGGGCUGAAAGUGAAAACCAAGACAAAAACAAAUCUUCUUUUCUUCGAAGAACUUAACGAGAACAGUUACUCUUUCACUUGCUCUUCGGACCGACAGUAGCGUUGUCUUUACCUCCAGAGGCCAAGGCAGUAAAUAUUAACGGACUUUGUCAAGAUAGAUCCCGAUUAUCGCACCUCGAUUUCGAAUUAAUUCUGUGAAGACCAACAAUAUUAUUCAUCAUUCAGACUUCGUGGAAGCCCUUUCUUGUUCGCAACAGAAACUGAAGACACUUCAUUAUAAUUAACUUUUAAUUGCAGUCAUCUCAACUUGGAGCUUUGCACUUGUCGAGAAUCGCCAAAAUAGUACAGCAUCUAGGAAAAUGAGAUUCAUCCUCUUGUCGACAAAUUAAAAUUGCUGCAGUAACUAAAUCUUUUUGGAGAAAAAAAAUCAGAUCAUUGUAUCUUUUUAAAAGGUGUUAUUUCUUGAUCACUUGCAUGACUUUUCUGUGAAAUACCAGUAUGCCACGCCCAGCCAGAAGUACAUACAGUGAUGCCAAACCACCAUACUCAUAUAUUUCCCUAACGGCUAUGGCGAUACAAAGCUCGCAGGAAAAGAUGUUACCCCUGAGUGAUAUCUAUAAAUUCAUCAUGGACCGUUUUCCGUACUAUCGCAAAAACACCCAACGCUGGCAAAAUUCGUUACGGCACAAUCUAUCGUUCAAUGACUGCUUCUUGAAGAUUCCACGCCGUCCCGACCGACCAGGGAAAGGCAGCUACUGGGCCUUGCAUCCGCUCAGCGCUGAUAUGUUCGAGAACGGGAGUUUUCUCCGACGUCGAAAGAGAUUCAAGUCUCCACGUAUCGCCACCAUCGACCACAACAUGCAGAUCAAACAGAUCGAUUCAGCGAAGAUAUUUCAGGAGCAGGCGAAGAUAGGUCUUCCACCGUACCCUCCACCUCCCAUCAUUCCGGCGUCGCCUCCGAUGAUGAUUCAGAAGAUGCCACUUUCCUGCUACACUUCAAUGUCCAACUCGCCCAUAACUCCGACAUCAACGGUUACGAACUCGAGUAAGCAGUCUUUCACUAUUGAAAACAUCAUCUCUCCUGAUUUCAAGCCAUCAACCACCAAAUCGCCGGCGACACCGCCUACCCCGACGAGGAGCUCGCCAGUCGAGAGCAUCGACGUUGUGAAAUCUCGAUCGGGCCAUUGCAACAGAGCCUGGUGCGACGAGUCUCCCGUCGCUCGCCCGACGGAUAUGUGCUGUGGACAGUCUCGGGAUCAUCCCCCGUGUAGCGAAUGCAUCGCCAGGAUGCGGACUCUUCUACCGAGACCGAUUUUGGGCCAUUCCCCUGCCAUCCCACUCCCGAUCCGACCAGCUUUCCAUGGUUUUGGGUUGCCGAGUCAGUGUUCACCAGCUCUCUUCCAGGGGGUACCCGCGGGUUGCAUAUUGCCUCUUAUUCGGAGAGACAUUUCGGAGCACAGCAUAAAAGCGUAACACUCCGUUCAAGUUCUACAAUACCAAAGAAGACAUGUUUAAACACUGACUCAAGAGAAGAGAGACUCUAAAACAUUGACAGGUAAAUGUAAAGUGAUAACAAAUAUAGCUUAUCGUAGAAAAAUAAUACAGAGUAUACAUAUCUCAUUCUGCACAAAAUAUAUUUUAUUGGGUUGCAAAGCAAUGACUCUGCACGAGAAAAAACAUGAUAAUAUUGCCUUUGUGAAUUCUGAUACCAAUUGCCAACACACUUUUUAUUUUGUCUUUCUAAAUUCGUCGAUGAUAAUGUGCUGUAAAAAUCAGGAAAAUUAGUUAAGUGAAGCUAAUCACGAAUGUCCCUCUCAAAAUAUUGUUCUGCCAAUUAUUGGGAGAAAAUAUAAUUCAGAUAAGAACAUUCUAGUAAUUAAUUAGUGUCAUACUUUGAUGAUUAUAUCUGAUUUCUCAUAUAAAAUUACUUUCUUGUCUGCCAUAUUUGUUUUGUAUAACUUUUGAUUAAAACAAUUGUGAUUAUACAGUUAUUGUUAUUUAUACCAUGAUAUGAGAAGCUGUUUGUGUACCAUGUGUUUGUGGACUGCAUGUUACAAUUUUACGUUUACCCCUUAGGGUUGUUUCAGACGACAAUUUACUAUUAUGUGAUUGUAACUUACAUUAAAAAUAAUAUGCCAGAUAAUCUGUACAAAAUAAUGAUUUAAUUACAUGUUUGUGAAAAGAAAUGAUAAAUAAAUCUGUACGCAGUGCAUUCAAAAUU